AUGGGCAGCCAGGGCCACCCGGGGCCGCCCGGGAACAGCGGGCCGGGCGAGGGCGAGGGCGGGGAGGCGAGGAAACUGCAGGGAGGGAGGGUCGCGAGGGGGAAGCGAAGAAAGGGGAAGGGGAAGGGAAAAGCGGGAGCAGGACAGAGCGGAAGAGGAAGCGGGGCGGAAGGGAAGCCGGGGCUGCAGAAAGCGAAGGAGGCAGCGGGGCUGGGGGCCGAGGCGGGAGCCAGGGCAGGCCCAGGGGAGGAAGGAGAGGGAGGCGGAAGCGUGGAGGAAGGGGCGAGAAGGAUCGUGCUGGGAGAUGAGGGGAGCGCAGGGGCGGGGAAGGAGGCCAGAGGAAGAGGUGCUGGGAAAAAGGAGGAAUGGAGGGUCAGGCCUGGGCGGCGGGAGGACGCGAGGCCGGGGAGAGCGCAGGGACGAGCGGGUCAGGCGUGGGGCUGCAUCGCGGGGGCUGGGGCGGCGGGGGUGGCCAUGGCGGUAGCCGCCGAGGAGGAGGCGGCGGCCCGGGAGCCGGCGGGCCGCCCCGCUGCGGGGCCGGCGCUCUUGCGCCUGCCGGAGGAGCUGCUGCUGCUCAUCUGCUCCUACCUGGACAUGCGGGCCCUCGGCCGCCUGGCGCAGGUGUGCCGCUGGCUGCGGCGCUUCACCAGCUGCGACCUGCUCUGGCGCCGGAUAGCCCGGGCCUCGCUCAACUCCGGCUUCACGCGGCUCGGCACCGACCUGAUGGCCAGUGUCCCGGUGAAGGAACGGGUGAAGGUGUCUCAGAACUGGAGGUUGGGGCGCUGCCGAGAGGGGAUCCUGCUGAAGUGGAGAUGCAGUCAGAUGCCCUGGAUGCAGCUAGAAGGUGAUUCUCUGUACAUAUCCCAGGCUAAUUUCAUCCUGGCCUAUCAGUUCCGCCCAGAUGGUGCCAGCUUGAACCGUCGGCCCCUGGGAGUCUUUGCUGGGCAUGAUGAGGACGUUUGCCACUUUGUGCUGGCCAACUCGCACAUUAUCAGUGCAGGAGGAGAUGGGAAGAUUGGCGUUCAUAAGAUUCAUAGCACCUUCACUGUCAAGUACUCGGCUCAUGAACAGGAGGUGAACUGUGUGGAUUGCAGAGGGGGCAUCAUUGUGAGUGGCUCUAGGGACAGGACGGCCAAGGUUUGGCCUUUGGCAUCAGGUCGGCUGGGGCAGUGCUUACAUACCAUCCAGACUGAAGACCGAGUCUGGUCCAUUGCAAUCAGCCCAGUACUAAGCUCUUUUGUGACCGGGACGGCUUGUUGUGGGCACUUCUCACCCCUGAGAAUCUGGGACCUCAACAGUGGGCAGCUAAUGAUGCACCUGGGCAGUGACUUCCCCCCAGGGGCUGGGGUGUUGGAUGUCAUGUAUGAGUCCCCGUCCACACUCUUGUCCUGUGGCUAUGACACCUAUGUUCGCUACUGGGACCUCCGAGCCAGUGUCCGGAAGUGUGUCAUGGAGUGGGAGGAGCCCCACGACAGCACCCUGUACUGCCUGCAGACCGAUGGGAACCACCUGCUGGCUACUGGGUCCUCCUACUACGGGGUCGUGCGGCUGUGGGACCGGCGCCAGAGGGCCUGCCUCCACGCCUUCCCGCUGACCUCGACCCCGCUCAGCAGCCCUGUGUACUGCCUGCGCUUCACCACCAAGCAUCUCUAUGCCGCGCUCUCCUACAACCUCCACGUCCUGGACUUCCAGAACCUGUGACGGGGCCACCCCGGCCUGCGGGCCAGGGAAGCCAGCUACUCAGGGACCUCUCCGCCUGGAGGGUGCAGGGAUGCCUCCGCCC